GCCCCGCAGCAGCCCCAGCGGCGGCUCUCUCGGCCGGGCUCCCCCCCUUCCCGGGACGCGCUUCCUGCGCCGCCGCCAUUGGCCGGCGCGCUCGCCGGGCGCUUCUUAAAAGGCCGCCGCCGGCCAGGCCGCCGCAUCCAAGCCAGUCCGCGCAGCGCAGCGUCCCGGCCCGAGAUGGCGCUGCUGCCGGCCCCGACCCUGCCCUCCUUCGCCUCCUUCUGCAGGGACAACCGUCCAGUCCACCCUCGCUGGACCUGCGGCCUGGAGCAGGCCAGCCUGCCCGCCGGCCACUGCCCCGCGCCAGGCCGGGAGGCGCCGAGCGCCGCGAAGGACGACGAGGCUCUCAGCAACGUGUUGGAUCUGGCUCUCUCUAUGGGCUGCGGCGGAGACCACCCCGAGGGGUCCUACCACUCGACCCGCGGGGAUUACACAGCGGCGCCGACGAUGGAGCCCCCUGCCCCCAGCGGCUUUUACGAGUUCAAUUCCUCACCUGCCGGAGGCUACAACGCGCUGGAAACGCGGGGCAGUCCCCCUCCCUACGGCGGCGCCUUCUUACCCGACCUCGACGCCGCCGCCAGCUUCGGGCUGUCCGCCACCGGCGUGAUCCAGGGACGCUUCUUGGUGACCUUCGCCAGGCCGCCGCCGCCGCCCUUCGCGGAGGAGAGCAUCAAGCCGGAGCCGGAGAUGGACUACGGGCCCCUGGCGGGCCUGGCGCCGCAGCCCUGCCCUAGGAUCAAACAGGAGAGCAGCCCCACGCCCUGCAUGCUGGCCGCCGCCUCUCCGCAGAUCCCCGGCGCGGAGACGCCGCCGCUCAGCCCCGACGACCUCCUGGCGGCCUCCGAGGGCCGGGGAGCGCCCCUGCAGCCGCCGCCGCCUUACCACCCGGCCUUCACCUACCCGCUCCAGUACCAGCCCCACCCGCAGGCAAGCGCCUCCGCCUUCUUCGAGGAGAGUCUCCCCUGUCAGGCCUCUGCCCCGAGGGGCCUGCUCACCCCGCCCUCCUCCCCGCUGGAGCUGCUGGAAGCCAAGCCCAAGAGGGGGCGCCGCUCCUGGCCGCGCAAACGGACUGCCACGCAUACCUGCUCCUACGCUGGCUGCGGGAAGACCUACACCAAGAGCUCCCACCUGAAGGCGCACCUCCGGACCCACACAGGCGAGAAGCCCUACCACUGCAACUGGGACGGCUGUGGCUGGAAGUUUGCCCGUUCCGAUGAACUGACCCGCCAUUACCGCAAGCACACUGGGCACCGGCCCUUCCAGUGCCACCUCUGCGACCGGGCCUUCUCCCGCUCAGACCACCUGGCCCUGCACAUGAAGAGACACAUGUAGCCCCCCCACACACAGUCCCACAGGUGUGGCACCAAGGACCGGCCAGGACAGUUUAGGGAACUUGUAGCUGGUACUACGUUGCCUCGCCUGCGGGGGGGGGGGGGGGAGGAGUGGGUGGUGACUGAGGGUGGCCACUGAGCGAGGAGGCCGCAGAUGGCGGUGCUUCUUGAGGUGUCUCCACCCGUGGGAGAGUGGGACUUAUUUAUGGGACUCUGAAGACAAAGGGGCAAGCUGAUCUGUGACUGCCCAGACCCUGAGCUGCAAGGGAGAUCCGUCAUCUGCAGCCUGGUGCUUGUGCGGCACAGUCAACAGUUGUCUUCCUCUACAUGAGAAUUACGUCGUCUGGAGAAGUUCCUCUACAGGACUUGUAAAGAAAGGUUUUAAGUAUAUAUGUAUAAAGUAUAGUUUUAUACUGAAGUGUUGGGCUAUGGAAACAGAAGACAAAGCGAGUAAAUUGUUGCCCUUUUUUUUUAAAAAAAAGUAAAAAUAAAACUUUCUGUAUAUAGAGACAA